AUGGAGGGGUACGACGGGAAUCAAGCGUAUGGCGCCCACGCGGCGCCCCAGGCCGUGGACUGGGGCGCCCUGGAGGCUCGAGACGGCGCGCGUUUCUCGUGGAACGUUGUCGCGAACAGCCGCGCCGAGAUGACGAAGUGCGUCGUCCCGUUCGGUGCCGUCGUCACGCCGAGGAAAGCGAUCGCCGAAGACGUCGUGCCAAAGGUACCGUACGAACCGGUGCGGUGUAAGGGGUGCGGGGGGGCGCUGAAUCCGUACGCUAGGGUGGAUUUCGCGUCUAAGAUCUGGGUGUGUCCGUUGUGUCACGCGCGGAACCAUUUUCCACCGCAUUACGGUGGAUUGUCCGAGACGAACCUGCCGGCGGAGUUGUUCCCGAGUUACACGACGAUUGAGUACGCGAUGCCGUCGAGGGCGAGCGGUGUGGCGAGCGGGAGCGGGUACCUAUUUGUCGUGGACGCGUGCGUGGAGGAGGACGAGCUCAGAGCGGUGAAGCAGGCGGUGACGCAAGCUUUGAGUCUGAUGCCGGAAGACGCCAGGGUGGGGUUGGUGACGUUCGGGACGCACGUGCACGUGCAUGAGUUGGGGUUCGAGAGUUGUCCGAAGUCGUACGUGUUUCGAGGGAAUAAGGAGUUUACGACGCAGCAGGUUAAGGAUCAGUUGGCGCUCGGCGGUGGACCAUUGCGGGCAGUGAACGGGGCGCGUGGGCAACCGGCGCAAGGGCACGUGAAUGGGGCGAUGCCAGCGUCGAGGUUUUUGGUGCCCCUGAGCGAGUGUGAGUUUCAGCUUUCGGCGAUUCUCGAGGAGUUGAAUCGAGACGCGUUCGCGCCGUUGCCUUCGUGCAGACGCGCUCGGUGCACAGGUACGGCGCUCAUGGUGGCCUCGUGUCUGCUCGCGACUGGUGCGAUCGGUCAGAGCGCGCGGGCAAUGCUGUUCACCGGCGGCGCCGCGACCGAGGGCGGCGGUACCAUCGUGGCGAAGGACAUGGAGCAGGCGGUGCGAUCUCACAAGGACAUAGUCAAGGGCGCGGCGCCAUUUUACGCAAAGGCGAAAAAGUAUUACGAGCAGGUGGCCGUCAACUUGUGCGCGAACGGUCACGUCCUGGAUGUAUUCGCAUGCGCGCUCGACCAGGUUGGAUUAGCCGAGAUGAAGGUAUGCGUCGAGAAGACGGGCGGGAACGUCGUAUUAGCGGAGUCGUUCUCGCACACCGUCUUCAAGACGUCCUUCUUGAAACUGUUCGCCCCAGAUACGGAAGGCGGGCUCGGAAUUGCGUAUAACGGCCAGUUCGAGGUGGUGACCAGUCGCGACGUCAAGACCUCGGGCGUGAUCGGGCCUUGCGCGGCGUUGGAUAGGAAAGGCUUGCCGGGCGCGGUGAGUGACUCGCCGAUCGGCAGCGGCGGCACGACAGCAUGGAAGAUGUGCACGCUAACGAACGAGACCUCGCUCGCGGUGUACUUCGAGGUCGCGAACCCGGGUGGAAAGGAUCAGCAAUCGAUGGCGAUGCAGGGUCAGCACGCACAACAGUUCUUCGUGCAGUUCCUUUGCACCUUCACGCUUCCAAACGGCGAGUCGAGAAUGCGUGUCAUCACAACGAGUCGACGAUGGACCGACGGUCAGAACUUAAACGACAUCGCGGCUGGAUUCGAUCAAGAAGCCGCGGCCGUUCUCGUGGCUCGACAGCUAUCGUGGAAGAUGGAGACGGAAGAGGAGACGGAUUGUCCGGCGGCCACGCGCUGGCUCGAUCGCAAGCUCAUCGCGCUCUGCCAGCGCUUUGGCAACUACAGAAAGGAUGAUCCACAUUCUUUCCAGCUUAUGCCGCAGUUUAGCAUAUAUCCUCAGUUCAUGUUCAACUUGCGGCGGUCACAGUUUGUCCAAGUUUUCAAUAACUCGCCGGAUGAGACUGCGUAUUUCCGAAUGAUCUUACAGCGUGAAAAUGUCUACAACUCGCUGGUGAUGAUUCAGCCCACGCUGACGUCGUACAGCUUCAACGGCCCACCAGAGCCGGUUUUGUUAGAUGUUUGUUCGAUCGCUGCGGAUCGAAUCUUGGUGCUCGAUGCUUACUUUACUGUCGUCGUGUUUCACGGGAUGACUAUCGCGCAGUGGAGAAAGGCAAACUAUCAAGACCAACCAGAGCACGUGGCGUUCAAGGAGCUGCUUGCCGCGCCCAGGGUAGAGGCGGAUCAGAUACUCGCCAGUAGAUUUCCUGUACCGCGAUUGAUCGAUUGCGAUCAACACGGUUCGCAGGCGCGGUUCUUGCUGGCGAAGCUGAAUCCGAGCGCAACGUACAAUAGCAGCGCGUCAAUGGGUGGCGGAUCGGAUAUCAUUUUCACAGAUGACGUGUCCUUGCAAGUGUUCCUUGACCACCUUAAGCGCUUAGCGGUGGCAGACAACUGA